AUGUAUAUCUCGCCAGUCGAGCUGGUCAUCGCCUUCGCCAACUGCAUGGUCUGGCUCGUGGCCUUGUACUUCCUCCGCCGCGCCUUCCAGGAGCAACGACACCUUCGAGCCGAAGCGCGAGCUCAGAUUUACAAGCAACGGCCUCCUCGUGGCCGGAGAGAUGCUCGACGCAGAAGAGCGCGUUCGCCUGCCGGCAACGAGACGGCGAUCGUGGCAACGAGUUUGGAGUGGGAAGAUUUGAUGACGAGAUUCGGUCGUGGGCAGGCUUGA